AUGGCCCAGGCUCACACCCCUUACCAAACCAUAAUCUUCAUCACUUUCUUCCUCAUCUUCACCAUUGUUGCCGCUGCAAAACCCCACCAAUCACCAUCAAAUGUUGAGCGUCUCAUGUUAGAGUUCGAGAAAGAGAAGAUCAGCUACCUACAGUUCUACUUCCACGAAGUCAUCGACGGUCCCAACCGCACCGCGGUCCAAGUUGCUGCAGGGCCAUCAACAAACACCUCGGUUACAGGGUUCGGCGCAGUGACCAUGUUCGACAACCCGCUAACGAAUGGCCCUGAUCCAAUGUCGAAGAUGGUGGGGAGAGCCCAAGGGAUGUACGCGGCCUCGUCGCAGCAAGGGCUUGGAUUCCUGAUGGCUAUGAACUUUGUAUUUGUGGAAGGGAAGUAUAAGGGGAGCACGCUUAGCGUGCUUGGGAGGAACGCCGUAUUUUUUAAGGUGAGAGAGAUGCCUGUGGUUGGAGGGAGUGGUCUGUUUCGGUUUGCCAGGGGCUACGCCCUGGGUAAGACGUACAAGAUCGACCGUAUUAGAGCGAUCUUAGAAUAUAAUGUCUUUGUCAUGCAUUACUGAUGUUGGUUUUUUUUUUUUUUUUGUGGGCCCUUUAUUUACGGAUGGGUCCACAUCGUCUAUCAAUGUGAGCCCAAAAAUUUGUUUGCUUUAGUAUUCAAAAAUAUAGAAAUGGUCACAUAGAGUUUUGUGCUUUAACCAUU